CCCUUGUUUUGUUUUCUCUCUACCUAAACCCUCACCUCCCGCACACAAGGAACAGAGCAACUUACGAGAGCACCCAUGAAGCUCUGGACUCUGCUCACAGUCUUCCUGCUCUCCUUCUUCUUCUCCUUUCUGUCCCUCUGUUCUCUCUCCUUCUGUAAUCCUGAUUUCGACGCGCUUUUAGAUUUCAAGUCUGCUUCUGACCACUUCAACUCCCUCUCCUCCUGGUCCAACUCGUCAGACCCCUGCUCCGGCUCAUGGCUCGGCGUCAGCUGCAGCAAAAACAACCGCCGUGUUACCCGCCUCAUCCUCCAGAAUCUCAACCUUACCGGCCCCAUCCACAGCCUAACUCCCCUCACCCACCUCAGACUUCUCAGCCUCAAAAACAAUGUCCUCUCCUCUUCCUCCUUGAACUUCUCCCCCUGGACCAACAUGAAGCUGCUCUUCCUCUCCCACAACCAAUUCUCCGGUAACUUUCCCGCUGGCAUUUCCCAGCUCCAUCGUCUCCGCCGCCUCGACCUCUCCCACAACCGUCUCUCAGGUCACAUUCCCAUGGUCGAGCUUAACCGCUUGCCGCACUUGCUAACUCUUCGCCUGGAAGCCAAUUCUUUCAGUGGAACACUAUCCUCGCUCUUUGUCCCGGUUAUAGACUUGAACGUUUCAAGCAACAAUCUUUCCGGCCAAAUUCCGGUAUCUCUUUCCUCGUUCGCAGCUUCUUCAUUUGCCGACAACAAGAAUCUCUGCGGGAAGCCGUUACCGUACAAGUGCUCGAAUCGAACGAUCCUGAGUGAUCCGGUCCCAGUGAAGAUCUCCCAGGAACAAGGAAAGAAGCUGAGUCAUCGUGUAGUACUUGCCAUUGUAGUUGUGGAUGUGUCGGUGGUCGUGGCGGUGAUUGUUGUUUUCUACUGCUGCUGGAAGCGACGAACCAGACAUUAUCAGAGAGGCGUUGGCGGAGAGAAAAUGAGGAGAGAACCAGAGAAGAGACACGGGUAUGGGUAUGAAGGAAGGUACCGCGGAUGGAGCCUGCGUGAGGAUGAGGAGACGGUCAUCUUCGAAGGGUGCAAAAAGGGUCUAAGAGUGGAUGAUCUUUUGAAAUCUUCGGCGGAGAUGCUGGGGAAGGGGAUUGUAGGGACCACUUACAAAGUAGUGAUGGACGGUGGGGAUGUCUUCGUGGUGAAGCGGGCGAGGGAAAGGAGGAAGAGGAAGGAGUUCGAUGGGUUGCUGAGAGAGAUUGGUAGGCUGAGACAUUCCAAUAUCGUCAACCUCAGAGCUUACUUGUGCUCCAAAGAAGAGUUGCUGCUUGUCUACGAUUACCUCCCAAAUGGAAGCCUCUACUCUCUCUUACACGGAAAUCGAGGACCCGGAAGAACUCCACUAGAUUGGACUACAAGGCUUAAACUGGUGUCUGACUCAGCUAAGGGACUGGCAUUCCUGCACAGCGAAUGCAAAUCGAAGCUGGAACACGGACACCUGACAUCGUCGAACAUCAUUAUUGAUCAAGCGGGGAAUGCCUGCAUUUCUGACUUCGCGCUGCACCAGCUCUUCCUCGCACCAUCAACAUCAUCAAACAAUGCGUACAAGGCCCCGGAAUUAACGCUUAAUAACAACUGCAACAUAAACAACUCAAGGAAAAUCAGCAAUAAAUCCGAUGUUUAUAGCUUCGGAGUCAUUCUGCUGGAGAUACUGACAGGGAAAAUGGCAACAAUAAGCGAAGGAGAAACAUGUCUAGCCAAGUGGGUGCAGCGUGUUGUGAGAGAGGAAUGGACGUCGGAGGUGUUUGAUAUUGAGCUACUGCGAUACAAAGGCAUGGAAGAAGAGAUGAUGGCCCUGCUGCAAGUGGCCUUGCUUUGCUUGGCCCCAAUGCCACAAGAUCGUCCUAAGAUGAGUGUGGUGCAUAGGAUGAUCGACGAUAUCAGGGCGAGGGGACGUAGAAACCUGAGGACGACCCUUUCUGUUUCUCCCCUAAAUAUUGGGCCCUCUUCUGAUUCUUCUCCUUCUCUGUCAGAGGAUACCCCCAACUUCACUAGCAGCAGCUGAGCUCUAGAUGAUGGAUUGCCUCUUAAAUUAAAUUAAAUUAAAUUUCUAGCUAGCCAUGCGACGACCCGAGUCCCAUCCAUUAAUGGAGAAUCUGCCUAGCUAGCUAUAUUAAUUAGUUUUAUAUUAAUUCAACCGUGUGGCUGUAUCUCGAUAUUUAGUUUUAUUAUCCAUUUUGAUGGAGAAAAUCUUCAUUGUUUGUAAUAAUUAUCACUAUUUAUUGUUUUUGUUUA